GGCUUGUUUUUGCUUUCAAGACCAACGGCCGAAUGUGCAUCUUGAAAUAAUAUAACAUUUCCUGUGUAGCCACUCCAACCAAUCAAAGUCAACAAAUCAGAAUUUGUAAUGUAAACACUGCAUGUGAAGUGGGUUACUCCCCUAGAGAGCAGAAGUGAGUAACUUUAAGAACUGCACAGACACGUUCUGUAUUUAAUCGCAGAAGAAACAACACAACGAUCGAGGAAUUUCACAUCUUCAUUUUAAAUGGCGACCUCAUUUUUACUCAACACCGGCGCGAAGAUGCCGCUUCUGGGUCUCGGCACAUGGAAGUCUCCUCCAGGCAAGGUUUGUGAGGCGGUGAAGGCGGCCAUCUCUGUGGGUUACCGCCACAUCGACUGUGCCUUCAUCUAUCAGAACGAGAAUGAAGUGGGAGCUGCCAUACAGCAGAAAGUCAAGGAGGGGGUAGUGAAGAGAGAGGACCUUUUCAUCGUCAGCAAGCUGUGGUCCACCUUCCAUCACAAGUCAAUGGUGAAGGAGGCCUGUCAGAAGACUCUAACUGAACUGAAGCUUGACUACCUGGACCUCUACCUCAUGCACUGGCCCAUGGGGUUCAAGCCUGGCGAUGAGCUUUUUCCUCUGGACAGCAAUGGUCAAAUAGUGCCAGAUGACACAAACUUCCUUGAUACUUGGGAGGGCAUGGAGGAGCUGGUGGACGCUGGAAAGGUCAAGGCCAUUGGGGUGUCAAACUUCAACCACGAGCAGCUGGAGGCCAUACUGAAGAAGCCAGGCUUAAAGUACAAGCCUGCUUCCAAUCAGUUUGAGUGUCAUCCAUACAUGACCCAGGAAAAGCUGAUUAAUUACUGCCAAACCAGAGGUAUUGCUGUGACAGCCUACAGCCCGCUGGGGUCCCCAGACAGACCAUGGGCCAAACCAGAAGAUCCCUCUUUGCUGGACGAUCCAAAAAUUAAGGCCAUUGCUCAGAAGCAUAAGAAGACUACCGCUCAGGUCCUAAUCCGCUUCCAGACUCAGAGGAAUGUUGUGGUCAUUCCCAAAUCCGUCACCCCUCAGCGCAUUGAGGAGAAUUUCAAGAUCUUUGAUUUUCAACUGGAUGAGGCUGAUAUGAAUACCAUUAUGAGCUUCAACAGAAACUGGAGAGCCUUACCAAUGGACAUGUGUGUGAAACACAAGGACUUCCCAUUCAGUGCUGAGUACUGAGGAGAGGGAGGGAGCGGAAUCCAGUUCUCUUCCACCUGGAUGCUACUGAUGUCUGAUUCUUCUGAUCAUGUUUUGUUUUCUCCAAAGACUUCGAGUCUUAACACAUUUCCCUGAGUGGGAAAAUCUUCUGUCUGCCUUCUAUAAAAAGAUUUAUGUGCAUCUGUGACCGCUCUGGUUCUGGACAGAUACAGGGUUGGCUGGAACAGGGGUUUCUAAUUUAAAUGGGCACAUUCUCUCUCGUUCACACACUCACAUUAUAGUUGAAAAUCCUAUAAGCCAACAACGGAGCAGAAAAAAAUAAAUAACACCACAGAGCUGUGCCUUAUCCCUUUUAUUCUACAUUUUAUACUCUUCCAAUUGUACAGACAUACACACAGACGGACAUCUUACACGUCACAUUUGCUGGUGAGGGUGGCUAUGUUGUCUGGCUCUGCAGUACAUCAUAUUUUCCCCAGUAUGGAAUAAUAAGGCUUAAACUGAAUUUUGACUCAACACAACAAGAAAUCAACAGUGCUCUCCCUGAACAUUAUCUGUCUUCUUUACAGCAUGGUAAGGUUUAGAAAAAAUGUUCUUGUAAAGCUGUGAGUGGCAUCAAAAAUCUCGGGCAGCAAGCCCUUAAAAGAACUAAAACUUUCUUGUGUAUGCACAGCAGGUAUCGAAGUUUCAUUACAUAUAAAUGUCACUCCCACAACCUUUUGUGUGCCUUCUGUUCUUAGUGUUCAGUGCAAUUCUGAUUUGUUUCCAAGUGUCCUCUGGUGUUUUUUUUCACAGUCUAUUCUGAAGAAGCCCACAGAAUAGACUCAUCUCUUUCGGGAACCCAGAACCACAAAAAUCUCUUUUCUAUAACGUGCUGAGCACAAUCAGAGAAAAUAUUCUAACGAGGCAAUGCAGGUGAAUUACACAGUCUCAACAUAACUCACCUUAAAUUCUUUUCCUGUAUAUCUUACCAUUAUUUACUUAUUUUAUUGUUCCUUCUUUGUCUAAACGAUGAAAAUUAUGUGGCAUUAAAAAACAUCAAAGUA